AUGGGGUCCCCCGCCUUUGGAAACGAGACGGAUCGACUCGCCUUGAUCGCAUUCAAGGAUCGGAUAUCCGACGAUCCUUCUCGGGUCUUCAGCUCAUGGAACGUUUCCCUCCAUUUCUGCAACUGGGAAGGAAUCACAUGCGGUCGCCGACAUCCUCAAAGGGUCACCGCUUUGAACCUUGCUUCCCGCAGUCUGGUGGGGUUCAUAUCACCUGGCGUAGCUAACCUCACAUUCCUCAGGAGCAUCAACCUCUCGAGCAACAGCUUCCAUGGCGAAAUCCCACCUGAAAUCGGCUGGCUCUUCCGGCUUCGGGUUCUUGACCUGAGCGAUAAUGGGUUGCAAGGGGGUAUCCCUGAAAACCUGUCCCACUGCUCAGAAAUCAGAUCCAUUAGUUUACAUAAAAACAAGCUCGCAGGGAGAAUUCCCGUCCAGCUUCACUCUUUAUCAAAGCUCCAGUUGUUGAAGCUUGGUGAUAACAAUCUCAUCGGCAACAUCCCACCACCCUUCGGAAACAUCACGUCUCUUGUCAGUCUCUAUCUAGAUUCCAACAGUUUGGAAGGAAGCAUCCCAGAUGAGCUAGGACGGCUAGUGAAGUUACAAUUCCUUCAAAUCCCUGUAAAUAAAUUGUCUGGUCUGAUCCCACCAUCUAUUUACAACCUCUCAUCCAUCGUUGAUAUUUCUGUCGUUGGUAACAGACUUCAUGGAAACCUUCCAGCCAAUCUAGGUCUCACCCUUCCUAAUCUCAAAUACAUUCUCUUUGGAAGAAAUCAAUUAACGGGACCGAUACCAGUUUCAUUACCCAAUGCUUCAAGACUUUUAUUAGUUGAUUUAAGUUUUAAUAAAUUUAGAGGACCUGUGCCUGUGAAUUUCGGAAGACUACGGGAACUCGGUAUCCUAAAUUUAGGUUUUAAUCAGCUUGGAGGCGGAGAAGGAGACCAUGACUUGAGUCUCCUCACCUCCUUGACCAAUUGUACCCGUUUGGAAGUAUUAGACCUGUAUUCCAAUCGGCUGAGAGGAACAAUGCCUGCCACCAUCGUCAAUCUCUCUACCCACCUAACCAAACUAGCGUUAGGAGGAAGCCCGAUAUCUGGAAGCAUUCCGACAGAUAUUAGCAAUCUCUAUAACUUGAAUAGACUAGUUAUAGGUGAGAGCCUUGUUACGGGUACCAUUCCUAUUGGCAUUGGGAAGCUUCAAAAUUUGGAAGGCUUGUAUUUGUACAUAAACAGACUUUCUGGAAAAAUCCCAUCUUCCAUUGGCAACAUCACUAGAUUGGUUAUACUCUGUUUACUUGAAAAUCGUUUGCAUGGAAGUAUCCCUUCAAGUCUUGGAAAUUGUCCUAGUCUUUUAGGAAUAGGCCUUAAUGGAAACAAGCUGAGCGGUAUCAUACCGAAAGAAGUUUUAAGUAUUCCUACGCUGAUUGAUAUUAGUGUAUAUGAGAAUUCUUUGGUCGGAUCUUUACCGUCGGAAGUUGGUGACUUGAAACAACUUCAAAAGUUGAAUAUUUCUUCCAACAAAAUGACAGGUGAAAUUCCCAGCACGCUAGCAAAUUGUCCGAGUCUGGAAAUACUUGAUUUGCACGAUAACCUGUUUCAAGGAACCAUUCCUCCAUCUUUGAACAACUUAAAAAGUGUUCUGCUGAUAGAUCUUUCUCAUAAUAACUUGUCUGGAAAUAUUCCACAAGUUCUGGAGAAAUUUCCAUUCUUGCAGUUUUUGAAUCUGUCUUUCAAUGAUCUCGACGGCCAAGUCCCAAGUCAAGGGAUUUUCGAAAAUUUAAGUGCAUUUUCAGUCCUCGGAAACAAGCAGCUUUUUUUAUGUUCGAUUCUUUUAUCAUUUCUCCUUGCUAUUUGGGCAAGAAGAAAGGUCAACAAGAAGCCUUUGUCUGCGUCUUUUUUGGAGGGCCAAUUUUUAAAUGUUUCUUAUGCUGAUCUCUUUAAAGCGACUGGUGGGUUUUCUUCGGACAAUUUGAUUGGUAUGGGAAGUUAUGGUUCUGUAUACAAAGGAAUUCUAGAUCACAAUGAAACACUUGUUGCAGUGAAAGUUGUCGAUCUUCAAAAACAUGGAGCUUCUAGGAGUUUCAUGGCCGAAUGUGAAGCUUUGAGAAAUAUCCGGCAUCGGAAUCUAGUGAAAACCGUAACUGCUUGCUCAAGCAUUGAUUUUCAAGGCAAUGAUUUCAAAGCUCUAGUGUUUGAGUACAUGUCUAAUGCGAGUGUAGAGAUGUGGUUGCAUCCAAAUGUACAUGGGCAGCAAGAGUUGAGGAGCUUGAACCUUAUUCAAAGACUAGAUAUAGCUGUUGAUGUCGCUUAUGCAUUGGAGUAUCUUCAUCAUCAUUGUGGCACACCAAUCGUUCAUCGUGAUCUAAAACCAAGCAAUGUUCUACUGGAUGAUGACAUGUUCGCCCAUGUGAGUGAUUUCGAUUUAGCAAGGUUCCUUUCUAAUACCGCCAGUAAUACCUCUCAAGAUCAAACCAGCUCAACUGGUAUCAAGGGAUCUUUUGGCUAUGUUCCUCCAGAGUAUGGAAUGGGUGGAAAGGCGUCUGCAUCUGGAGAUGUCUACAGUUAUGGUAUCCUUCUUUUAGAGAUGUUCACAGGAAAGAGACCAACCGAUGACAUGUUUAAAGCCGGCUUAAGCCUCCAUCAAUUUGUUAAGAUAGCUUUACCUGAUCGAGUGAUGGAGAUUGUACACCCACGGCUGCUCUCAGAAGAAGUACAAGCUCCAAACAAUGGAGAACAACGCCGCAUUUCAAGAACUAAAACGCGAGAGUGCUUGCCUUCCGUGGCCAAAAUUGGCAUCGCAUGUUCGGUAGAAUCUCCAAAUGAACGGAUGGAAAUGAGAGAUAUAGUCGCAGAAAUUCAUGCAAUCAAAGAUUUAUAUCUUGGGGAUGGGAUUCACCAAGAUUUGGAAAAUGGGGUACCAUUGGGUCAAGGUUCAUCUUAUCUUAGUUAUUAUUAAUAAGUUGUGGGUAGUCAUGCAACAGAAGAUUCCUACAUGUGUAUGCAAACGGUGGUUGUUUAGUUCCUUGUUGCCCUUCAGACGAGGUUGUGUUUAGUCUGCUAUUUUUUUGUUUUGGUUUUUUAGUGUUUGUGUAGUGAAGGGUUUAGUCGGUUUGGUAACCCUUCUUGUAUCAAUAAAGUGAUAUGUAGUGUGCUUAUA